GAAGCUCUGCGGGCGGAGGAGAGGGAGGAAGGGAUCAUGCGAGGGGGGCUAGCGCGCUAGGGGCAGAAGCGGAUGGUCGCCCGGAGGCUCCGCACCUAGGGAGCGUGACGUCCUGCUGCUGUGUCCGCCGCUACCUACGCUGCCCGAGCUCGUCAAUGGAGCUGGAAAACAUCGUUGCUAACACCGUCUUGCUGAAAGCCAGGGAAGGAUCCUGAUGAUUUCAGAGAGCAGCACGCCCAUUAACUGAUGCCAUGUGAAACGGGGUGGAGGGAAACGCAAAGGCAAAAGCAAAAAGUGGAAGGAAAUCUUGAAAUUCCCUCACAUUAGCCAGUGCGAAGAUCUCCGAAAAACAAUAGAGAGAGAUUACUGCAGCAUAUGUGAAAAGCAGCCGAUUGGAAGGCUUCUCUUUCGGCAGUUCUGUGAAACCCGUCCGGAGCUUGAGUGUUGCAUUAGAUUCCUUGACUCGGUGGCAGAGUAUGAAAUUGCUCCAGAUGAAAAGCUGGGAGAGAAGGGAAAGGAAAUCAUGAUGAAAUACCUCACCCCAGAGUCUCCAACCUACGUUCCAGAAGUCAGUCAAGAUCUUAUCCAACAGACAGAGGAAAACCUCGAAAACAGUCCCUGCAAAGAGCUAUUCUCUCACUGUACAAAAUCUGUCCUUGACCACCUCAGUGGGGAGCCAUUCCAAGAAUACCUGAACAGCAUGUACUUUGACAGGUUUCUCCAGUGGAAGUGGCUGGAAAGGCAACCAGUAACGAAAAACACGUUUAGGCAGUACAGGGUGCUAGGGAAAGGCGGCUUUGGGGAGGUCUGCGCUUGCCAGGUUCGAGCAACAGGGAAGAUGUACGCCUGCAAAAGAUUAGAGAAGAAGAGAAUAAAAAAGAGGAAAGGCGAAUCCAUGGCACUAAAUGAAAAGCAGAUUUUAGAAAAAGUCAAUAGUCAGUUUGUAGUCAAUUUAGCCUAUGCCUAUGAAACAAAGGAUGCACUGUGUUUAGUUCUCACCAUAAUGAAUGGAGGUGAUCUGAAGUUUCAUAUCUACAACAUGGGAAACCCGGGUUUUGAGGAGGAAAGAGCUUUGUUUUAUGCUGCAGAGAUUCUUUGCGGUUUAGAAGAUCUCCACAGAGAAAACACGGUAUACAGAGAUUUGAAGCCAGAAAAUAUCCUGCUAGAUGAUUAUGGCCAUAUUAGAAUAUCAGAUUUGGGUCUAGCUGUUAAAAUCCCUGAGGGUGAAUCGAUCCGCGGAAGGGUAGGAACAGUAGGGUAUAUGGCCCCAGAAGUGUUGAACAACCAGAGAUACACACUCAGCCCUGACUACUGGGGACUGGGCUGUCUCAUUUAUGAAAUGAUUGCUGGGCAAUCACCAUUUCGUGGAAGGAAAGAGAAGGUGAAGAGAGAAGAAGUGGACAGAAGAGUUCUGGAGACUGAGGAGGUCUACUCCCAUAAGUUUUCUGAGGAGGCCAAGUCCAUCUGUAAAAUGCUCCUCACCAAAGAUGUGAAGCAGCGGCUGGGCUGUCAAGGGGAAGGUGCAACAGAAGUGAAGAGGCACCCUUUUUUCAAAAGCAUGAAUUUCAAGCGGCUAGAAGCAGGAAUGCUGGAUCCUCCCUUUGUCCCUGAUCCCAGAGCAGUAUACUGCAAGGAUGUGUUAGACAUCGAGCAAUUCUCCACAGUGAAAGGAGUAAACCUGGACCAAACAGAUGAUGAUUUCUAUUCCAAGUUUUCCACAGGAUCUGUGUCUAUUCCAUGGCAAAAUGAGAUGAUAGAAACGGAGUGUUUUAAAGAACUAAAUGUGUUCGGACCAAAUGGUACUAUUUCACCAGACCUAAAUAAAAGCUACCCCCCGGAGCCACCCAAGAAAGGACUGCUACAGAGAAUAUUUAAACGACAGCAUCAGAACAAUUCAAAGAGUUCUUCAAAUUCGAAGGCCAGUUUAAAUCACCACAUAAAUUCAAAUCACGUAAGUUCGAACUCCACCGGAAGCAGCUAGUUCUGACUCAGUUUUAUGAAACAUUCCAUCCUUCCACUAUAAUCUAUGAAGCUUCUAUGGAUGAGAGAGCAUCCACCAUUGAGUGAAAAAAAAGAAUCUCCCCCAAAUGGAGAUUUUCUACCCGUUCCUUCCAGUGGAGCCUCACAUUUUAAGAAGAAAUUUCCACUCAGGUCUGUUUCUGGAGGUGGCACUCAAGACUGUGUGAAUCAAAUUUGUCUAUUUAGAACAUUGCAAUAGAAAUUCAAUGAACAUGACUACUUGCACGUAUUUAAAUAGCAUCAUACUAGAACUGAAUUUUGUCUUUAUUAUUUUUAAAGAAAAGUUUUGUAAAUUUCUCUAUUGUCUCAGUUUACAUUUUGUACAUUUGUAUUUAAAUGAAAGUCAGACUUUGGAGGUGUAUAUUUUCCAAGCAGCAGCUGUAAAGCCAUGUGUUUUAAGACAUUUUUUAAAAGAAAAAAAUGUGACUCAAGACUUCCAGAGCCUCAAAUGAGAAAUCAUUCUUUUUAGUAAUUCUAGAAAACUAUUCAUAAAUCACUUUAUCAGACUGGGUUUUAUUGACAUGCAUUUUUACAGAACAGGUUAUUCUUAAUUAUUUUACAUCUGUAUAUUUGGUUUACAGCAACACUGCAUACGUUUCUCCUCUUCAUUAACUUGUAAUGUCUUGCAUUAAAUGCGAAAAGAUACUGACAAGGCUUUGAUAUAUUCAAGAAUACUCCUUGCUAUGCCUAAGGUUUAUGAUCUCAAUGGACCAGCACAGCUGAGAUUUGCAUUUAACAUUGUUAGAUCAUCUUAAUAAUUUUUGUUAGAAAGUGUACUCUAUUUUAAACCCUUCUUCCUCACUUUUUUGUUGUUGUUGUUGUUGUUGUUGUUGAAGAACAAAAUUGAGUGAGAGUUGACUGGGAAAGCAAAUGACCAUUUGUUUUUCAGGGGCUUGAAUCUUACACCCACUAUGAUGAGAGCAAAGUGUUCUCUGUGCUGCAGACAAAAGCCCAAGGCCUUUUCACCACUGCUCAUAUCAAACAGGUCACAAGAGAGAAAUGCAAUAGUUUGUGCACCAUGAGAUUCAUGUCAGCUCCCUAUGGCUGACCUGUGGAGAUUCAGAGUGGGGUCUGAGCUGCUUUAGAGCAGUACCAGAACCUGUGUCUGCACUUUCAUUUGUCAUAUCAAACAUACAUGACUUGUUCCCCUCAAAUAAGUCCUCAACUUAAUUGAAUAAAAUGUAAGUUAUGAAAUAAGACUUCCCACUUUUCCUUCCCUCUUUCCUUACCCAGGAUCCUUUAACCACUGUUGAAGACAUUGUUCCCACUUACAGACAGGAUCAGUCAGGAUCAGUAGUGGUACCUGAGGCACCUGAAUCAUGCUCAAGUAGUCCGCUUAAGAAUGCUAGAUCAAAAAUAUGGUUCCUUCUCUUUAACAGGAACUGGAAAACCUUUGUGCACCCCAGUGCAGAUGAGGUCUCUGUAGCCCACCAUGUUCUGCAAAAGAGGGUUCUUCACCAUGCGCCUUACAAUAUUCCCUGGAGUAGACUGAUAAGUUCACCUUAUCAAGAGCAUCUGAUGCUCACCCUGAUGUGUCUAAAGCCCUGUUAGCUAGCAGUGCAGUGACCCCAGGACGCGCUGUUCCAAUAAAUGGCCAGAGUUCAUUAGAUUAUUCAUUUAUAUGUUCUAUCUCUCUGGUCAAUGGAAAAGGGUUAAAAAAAAUUGCAGGUUAGCAGUGACAAAGCUAUGAGUGAUAGUCACAGGAAUUAGAUGUUAAAACAACUUGAAGAUGUGAGGGAGAGAGUCAGGAUCAGGAUUUGCAUAAGGCAGCCUACAGAGAAAAGGUUAAGGAAAGGAGCCUUUGAUGCCUUCCUCUGAAGUAAAAUACAUUAAGAUGCAAGUCCAUACCAGUCCAAAAUCCUCCAGUUUUCCUGGUCACUAGUAGAUAUGCAGAAAGUAUAUCAUAAGAUCACUAAGAAUAUGUUCCCCUUUUUUCUUCAGGUCAGUGUGGCAGGGAAACUCCUUUUCCCCAUGUAGAUGGUGCUCAGGGAGAGCUUCAGCUACUCUCGCAUGUCAGAUGAUGGCAUUGAAGAUCUUAGAGUAGAUACAGGAUCAUAGAGAAACAGUAACAAAGAGAAUUUUGAGUAAGUUUCUAGAUCAGCUAUAAACUAAACAUAUAAUGGUUUCAGCUUCUCAACAGGAGAGGAAUUAAUGCUACAGAAAUGAAAGCAGCUGUGCACAGAGGAGUCUAUUACCUCCAGUUCCAUUCUCACAGCCUGAUGUAGAGCCACCUAAGUCAGCAAGAUUAAGUCACCUUGACAGUCUCUGAAUGAAAAGACACUUGCUCCAAGAGAUUUUCACAGGCUUUCUUCAAUACACGUGGAAUUUCACCUGAUUUGAAGAAACAUAGGUGAGAAGUAGAGGAAUAUACAAUAGCCAGACUGUGGCUAUCUAUCAGUAUGCCUGAAACAAGAUGCACAUAUUAGAUCUUAGAGAGCUUCAAGGGUUAUGCAGCUCAAGUCUAUUUUAUCAUUCUAAGACUAAUCACUUUCUAGUAGCACUGUGUACUAUAAGUUUGUGCACCCUCAGCUGUCUUCAUCCUCUGCACUGAUGGUAGGGAAAGGGUUGCUGGAUGAGGAACUAGAGUGAAAGCCUAAGUUCUUCUCUCCAUUACCCCAUCAUCUCAGUUCUUAGCAACAGACAAGUAUAUUCUUUCAUCAGAAAAAUAUGGCUGAUAAUAUCUACCUAUCCCACCAUGGAGAAAAAAAAUGACAGCUGAGGAAAGUCUGGCCCCUUAAUAUUUCAUGGCAUAAAUUUGAUAAGACUGCAGAUGUUGUCCUGAGAGCUUCAUUUCCUAUGUGUGAUCAAUGUGGAAGACUGAAUUUUUUUUUUUUUUCAAUCUCCCAUUUGGGAAAUAAAAUCCUGAUAGUAAUAAAACCUUUAGUGAAAGCUGGUGAGCAAAUUGAAAAUAGAUUGUAGGUGGCCUUAUACCUCUUAGAUGCUAUCAGCCUUAACUAGUGGUGGAUGACUUUUUUAUAUGACAACAGAGAAUGACAGCAAAUGUGCCUUCUCCUGCUCUCCUUUCAACUGGGCCUGUUCCUUACUCAGCAUUUAGGACUCAACAGUAGAGACACAAGGACAAUGCGAAGUCCUCAGAUGACAAAAGCUGCACUCAGUUGAUACUUGGAAUUUAUUAUGGUAGAGUUAGGUAUCCUGAACCUCCAGCAUGGUAUGGUACAAGGAUGCUUAUGCACACCUGAAGAGUCAAGCCUGGGAUUAAGUCCCUCUGGAUCCCAGCUCCUUGGAAGCAGUGAGUGGGUAAGGGGAGAGACAGAGAAUAAGAGCAGCUGAGGGAGAUUUCAUGCUGCAUCCCUGUUGCUAUCUUGUCUGACAAACUUUGAACAGUAUUAUGGUGCUUAAGCUGUAGAAGUCUCUCAGUAUCCCUGAAAGAUUUGAUCAUUACCUCAUUACAUUAUCACUAGCGGUAAUAAACAGUCCUACAAAUCUUCUAGUCAGGGUUUGCCUACAGCAACAAAGCCUGCAGGAUUGUCUUUUCAUUGCUGAUUUCUAUUAUUAUUAUUUUUUAAGUCCUUGUUCAACUCGUCAGACACACAUUACAGUCCUCUCAUUCCUAUAAUGUGACCAUGAGGGCACACAAUUCAGGGCUGAAGCCCUGCCUUGCGUCCAGAGACAUCUGUCAUUUGCCUCUGAGCCAAACUGAAAAACACCGGGAGCCACCGGUAUUCAGGGGCUCUGAAAGAUCAGAAUUAUAAUUUCAUUUUACAACCUUGGAUAGCAUUUAUAUGGGGGUUUAUAGUAUUUUGAUUCAAAGUGAAUAGGUUUUGAUGUGGGUUAGCACAUUGCAAAGGAGUAGGAAGUAGUAGUUAUUUAAUAGCUUUCCGAACUGAUUAAUUUUCUAUCUUCUUUCCAGUUAGAGUACAGAUUCUUUCAAAAAUGCAGAAGUUCAGGUCUAGCUGCUUGUUUUAAGUAGACAGAUGAGCAAACUCAGCUCAUUUUAAGAAUCAGAAAUCUUUUGCAGUCUAAUCCUGAAUUGUACAAGCAUCUUCUUUAUUUUUAAAUCUUUACUAAAUAAUUUGAUGAACAGUUACUAGUUUGCACACUUUUUGAUACAGAUGAACAUUCAUUUUCUACAGUGUCUCUGUAGAAGAAUUAAGUCUUCUAGAAUUUUUCCAUUCUCUGGUUGUAUGAAAGGUUUUUUAAACAAAGGAGUAAUGAAGGGAAAGUAACAAAUUACAAAUUUAGCAACAGGUCUAGAGGGAAUGGCCUCAUGUUGUGCCAGGGGAGGGUCAGGUUGGAUAUUAGGAACAAUUUCUGCCCUGAAAGAGUGGUCAGGCACUGCAACAGACUGCCCCGGGAGGUGGCUGAGUCACUGUCCCUGGAGGUUUUCAAGAAAGAUAUAGAUGUGGUACUAAGGGUGUGGUGUAGUGGGGAAAUAAUGGUGGUAGGUGGAUGGUUAGACUAGGUAUCUUGAAGGUCUUUUCCAACCUUGGUGAUUCUAUGAUUCUAAAUAAUAAACUCUUAUUUGUGCAGUCUUGAUCUGGAUCUUGUGAAGCUGGUGAAGAUAAUUGUACCGGUUACUGCAGAUCAAACUGAAUGUUAUUGAAAGGCAGAACUCAAAACUGCAAUGUCUGGAGAGGGCUGCUAAUUGACAGUUCAGGGACAAUGUCAGGUAUCCAUAAGAACAAUGUGAUCCCAUCUUGUUUUGCAGUCAUCCCUUCCACCAGCAACUAUAGCAAAGAGUGCCAUCAGCAGCUGGAAAUCAUUCUUUGCUGACACAGGGAAGUGUCUGAUUCUAAGACAUUCAUUCUUAAUUUUGUUUAAGGAGAACUCAAGUCCUAACUUGAACUUUUUGCUUUCUCUGUCAAAGCCUCAGAUUUUAAAUCCAACUCAGCAGAGAUGCCUCAGCUGACAAGAAAAGCAGUCUUUAAUAUUAAUAAAACCAUGAGAAGGACAAGGAAGACAGAAAGGAUGUCAGCUCUGGAGUACAGAGUGAAAACCACCUUUAUGUGUGUAUCUUCAGCAUGUGUCAAAUGGCAGUUACUAUCACACAUCACAGCACAUUCUUCCUUGUUAUCGUACGUUAUUUAUAGUUUUUUCACCAACCUUGAAAUUGCAUACACAAAUUCAUAUUAAACACAGUGUUGAGCCCAUGGCUCAAAGUCAAUGUCAUCUCUAGGAGGAGGGCUGACAUAACAGUUUGAACAGAAAAGUAGGUACACAUUCAGCCUGUGGGAACAGCCAUCACACAGCUCUGCAUUCCCACGUGACUGAGCCUCAGCCAGGAGUUUCCCAGGUAGACUUUUCUGGAAGAGCAAUAAAUGCACACCCUUAUACACACCCUUACAGCACUUCUUCUCCUGGAUAUCUAUGGAACAGAUUGCGUCUCCAUAGCUGUGAUCUUUUUUUGGUUCAGAUUUACAAUUUGUUAGAUAUCUCAGUGCAGAUGAAAUAAUUUGUUAAACAUUUCUAGGCAUUUCCCAUGCAAUCUUUGAAAAGAUUGGACUUUGCUUGAUAGAACAUCCCCAGGUUGCUCUGUUCCUCAGAUGCAGACCAUCUUCCUUCACAUGCACAGCAUGAAGCACAAAGUGGCCUGCAGAAACUCUACAAGUUCAGAGUAAAAUUUAUAAUACUUGGGUAACAGGUGCCAACCUCACAUAAACACCACUUGGAGUCCUUGUCUGUCACUACAGUAAAGAAAUCUGGCAGUGAAUGAAGUGGGAUCCAGAGACUUAAAGGCUCUCCUGCCUGAAGAUGGUCUCGAUUCUGUCUCAGGCUUCAAGGAGGUGCAUUUGGCAGUGAAGUCUGGGAGAAUUUGUUCAAUGAUUUCGUUCAAGUACCUCCAUGGAAAACAGACGAUUCCAGAAUUGUCUGUCAAGCCUUCCACACAUAUGGCUUGCAAUUUAAAACACUAUAAAAAUUAUUUAAAGGAAGAGUAAUAAUGCGUAACAAUCUUAUGCUAAAGCUGAAGGACUAUGAAAGUUUAAAAGAAUUUCUCACUUUCUUGUGCUGGGCAGGAAACAGUCUCUUUUAGAAAUACUGAAUAGUAUUACUUAUAUCGUCCUGGCUGGUGAUAACGUUCUGUCCUUAGCUGAAAAAGAGGAAGAAACUGGUCCAGAGAAUGUUGCAGUAUUAUUUUUGUCUUUAGGAAAACUACCAGUAAAGAGAAAAGCCCACAGUAUGCUACAGUAUUAUAUGCUCACCUCCCUCAGACUUCUCUCUGAUAACGCAAAUCCAAACUGCUGCAGAUGAAUCAGCCUAGAUAGCAUGCUGACAAAUGGGUUUUAUGAAAGAAAUGAUUUGAAACAGAUUGUUGCCCAUGUACUAAAAUGAAUAUUACUGCUUGUGCAAAAGUAUUCUCCUUGUUUUAUGUACUUGGAGCCAGAAGUGGUGGAUCUUGUUCCUUCUGUGCUCAUGUUUUACAUCACUGCCCUGGAGAAGCCUCUUUGCAAUUUUGCUUUCCCAUUUCUAAACAUGGAGAGAUGCUCUCUAUCUGUUGAUAGAAAGCACUAGGGAGUCUGUGCACAGAACAGAUCAGUAUCAACUCUUUGUAUUAUUUAAGUGAAAUAGAUCUAAUGUAGCUGCUCUUAUUUACGUGGUGUGGGAGAUGACUCUUGUAAAUAAGGGCUCUUUUUUACUGUUGGUUUGUCUUAGUUCCUUAGAGAUAUUGAAAAAGAAUGCACUUCACUUCUGUAAAGCCAUCUCCAACAGAAGAUGAGAAUCCAGUGCAAAUGUUAAGGUAUUAAUUUCUUAUUUAAGUGCUAGCUAGUAAUUGCAGCAUUCAGAUGAACACUUCCUCUUUUUUAUGAUGGAAAGACAAAGCUAAGAGGAAGGGGACAGAAUAACUCUCACUGGCUCAACAUCACAAUCUUUCUCUUUUUUGGCCAAGCCUGCAAAUAAAUUUGUAGGUGCCAAUUAAAUGAAAUGCUGUGUGAAGACACAAGGAUGCAUGCAUGGCAAACAUCGGGUCAGAGGCGACCACAUUGCUGGGAUCAGCGGACUCCAAAGGGGACCUCCAUGCUUUCUGGAAAAUCAGUGGUCCUGUAGAGAAGAUUAACUCCCAGAAAACGAACUUUUCCUGUAGUGGCUGGAUGACAAAUAUGUAUUUUCUUUCUCAUCAUCCCAAGUACAUUAAUUAGCAAGCUGAAAUGGGUUAUUUCAUACAUACAGAAUGCGGUCUCCCUUAAUUGCAUUUCUUUUCAACACUGGACACUCUUCUGAAAGACUUAACAUUUUAGCCUUAUGAAGGUGAAAGUUGUAAAAACUUUAUUUUGUGUUUCUGAGCAAUGUAGAUAGACCUAAAGAUUUCAUGAAUUAUCAUGUGGUUGGCCAUAUCUGACUAAUAAUUAAAUUGUAAAUUUGCAGUUUCAUACUAGGGUUAGUCUUUUCACCUGCUUCAAAAACUAAAAGUCAUAUUUGGUAUAUAAACACACAGAAUAUCCUUCUGAUUGAAUUUCAAAAGCAUAUUCAGGAUUAAAUGUUUUUAAGCACUUCUAAUACUAUAGUCUAUAAGAGGAGCAGACACUUCUAAAGCAAUGUUUAAAGUUGUCUUUCAUAACUGAGUCAACAGAUCAUUUUUGUAAUAAAUUCAAGCAAGUGUUCUCAACUAGAAGAGCUAGUGGCUGUUGGUAUUGUACAAAAAAUCAUCCUAGUAUCCAAAGGGUUAGGGGUGGGGAGGGGCUGUUUGGUUUUGUUUCUCUUUCCAGGGAGAUCUUUAACAUUGUUUGAUGAAGCUAGUUUCAUUUGAGAUUGUUAUUGGAGAUAAAGGCUUCUGUGUUCUAUGGCUGCUUGGGUUCUUCGUACAUAAUGUCCUAGUAAUGUCACAGUGCUGCUGUAUCUAGAUCAAACCACUGUUUUAAUUGUUUUUUGGCUUUGUUUUUUUUUUUUUCUUCUUUUUUUUUAAAUAAAUAAUUUAAAUACUUGAAAA